AUGUCUAACCGCGAGCCAACACGCUCGCUGUACCAGAAAAGCUUCCAAAAGGAAUGUCGAGCCUUUGUGACAUAUGCAGAGGCUAUAUCUGAAUGCGCCAGGACACACCCGAACAAUAAUGCACCUGACCCUAACAGCAAAGUUUCUAGAGGGCUAAUGAAUUUAUUGUCUAAAAUUGCGCGAGUGAAAGACACCGGACUUGAAAUGGUUGCGGAAACCCCCAGAUGUUCUCUCGUUCGCAGGCAACGCAGCUAUUAG